AUGGCCCAACAUCUAGAAUCAAGCUUCUCGAUUCGUAACUUAUUAGCAAAUGAAGAUGGCACCAACACAGCACUAACACCACCACCAUCUGAUACAUCCAUGUCACCAAACGAAUCGAUGUCGUCUAACGAAGGAAACUGCGGAAAUCGUCCCAACUAUACAUAUAGCGAAUUGGUGGCCAUGGCGAUUCGCAGCAGCCCUGAGGGUAAACUGACUUUGAGUGCUAUACAGAACUGGAUUAGUGAAAACUUUCCUUACUACCGAAAAGAUGAGCAAGGCUGGCAGAAUCAGAUAAGACAGACACUGAGCACGAACUYACAUUUCCUGAAGGUACCACGACCUUUGGGCGAYCCCGGACGUGGYAACUAUUGGACAGUGAGUYCGGAAUUGGCCGYUGGUUGUAUUGCUGRCAAUGGAACUGYAUUUGGGCCUUUACUUAAUGGCGUAACGCAUSCCGAGUUGCCGAACGCAGUCUAUUUCCCCACGCCACAAGAAAUAGAUGCCACUCAGCGGGCAAUGCAUGAGCAGCAGGUGUGGCAGUUCCAUCARCAACAAGCRCAUAUWUUGCAACAACAACUAYURCAACUKCAACARCAACAACUYCAGCAGCURUACGACGAAACAUAYCUAARGCUGAUCUUCCACCAGCAGCAAAUUGCWUUCUUAACAGGCCAGCAWAUUCCWACUUAA